CUUUGUUUUGUUUUGGUCUGAGUGAGGAGUCUUAGUGAAGCUUUGUUAACUUUAAUGUAUAUCACCAGGCGACGGAAGAUGACAGAAGAGUUUGGGAAAGAAGGCCCAAUCCGAAGUAUUUUUCUCUCCGAGUUUCACCAUAUUGUCGGUCCAAAAAUUGUGUACCAAUAUCCUGAAAAUUAUGUUACGAAGGAAGUGUUUGAUGCCAUAUCCGUGUACAUCAUACCCAAACCACAAAUACUGAAGCGGAUUAUUACCGUCAAUGUCCUCGGUGUCAAGGUGACUGGUUACCCUAAUGAAAUUAAGAACUUAAAGUAUGCAAGAAAUGCUCUCAUCUUCAACUUGUGUUUUGUUUGUGACUCAACAGCUCGAACUGUCCAUUAUGAGCCGGCUGUUAAGAAGCUCUCAGAAUAUUUAGAAAAUUUAGAGCUGGAAAAUGGCUUCCUCUCUAAUGAGGACAGUCGAGAACAGAUGCCGGGUAUACUGCAACACAUUCUAGAGAGACUCAAUGAUACGGGCAGGUGCACAGUCACCAUCACACUCAGUGAACAAAAACUAAGUGGAAGUGAAGGUGCAGAACGUAAGACUGGGGAAAAGGGAGAACGUAGAUCAAGUCUUCUGAGUGAGAGACGACACCAGUCUAGUGAAGGGAAGAUCACUUAUGAUGGGCAUGAGCGGAGGUUAAGUUUGUACAGCGAUCAGAGACAAGCAGACUCAGUCUUCAAGGGAUUCAGAAAAUCAUCAGACUCCGAGUCAAAAAUGCGGCGUAAAUCAAUUGAUGUAUCAACUUCAUCUGUUUUACACUUAAAGGUUGUUGGUGUGUGGCCAGACCCCCCUCGUGUGCUGGACCACUAUGUACCAGUCCUCAUCUCUGAACGAGUGUACGGUCGUGGAGAUCACUGGGACCUCACCACUCAGCAGGUCCUUCCCUACAUAGAUGGAUUUUCUCACAUUGCCAAGAUAGCCGCUGCAGCAGAUGUUGAGAAUAACCUGGUGAAGGCUUGUGUAGAAAACUUAUUGUAUUAUGACCAAGUACAGCUGCUUCCAAUCUUCCAAUAUUCAAACAUAUAUACUGUCACCUCUGGCAUCCAAAAGUUGUAUGAGGACCGAGAUCUUCAGGAUGAAUGCCAAAGAGCAGUCUGUAAAAACUUUUCUUCACGACCACAGCAGUCACACAUAUUGAUGCUGUAUUGCAGCAUGACAUAUGGAGUAACAGUGAGGGACCUGUGCAUUCGUUUUAACCCUCAAGCUCUCAACAUAGAUGAACGCAAGUUAGUACAGUUUGGCUUGCAGCGCGGACUGAUCAGGCGCCUGCUUUGCUACCCCAUCCUGCUGUCACCAGAUGACCCACACUACACCCCCACCAAACAGAGUGUGAUCCACACCAUGUGUAAUGGACUACACUCUUAUGAUGAAAUAUGUUGUAAGUUUGGGUUAACAUAUAAAGAACUGAAUGACAAGGUAGAAAGGGAUCCAAAUAUUUUAGUUCUUUGGAAAUGAACAUUUUUUUUUGACCAAAAAUUACCAGACUGUAUGCACUUGUAUCCUCUGUGAUUUUAUUUUGGUCCUGAGACUAAACACAAGGUUUUCUUUGGCAAGGGAAGGCUUGUCACUCUUAGUCAUGGUGGAUGGACUGAGAUUAAUCUUCUUAUGUGAGAGGUUACAGUGUGUGUGAGAGGAGGCUGUACAAAGAUAAAUGGUUGGUGUAUUUCAGCAGUGAUAGUUGAGAGGCAGCCAGUGAUUGUUUUUCCUCAUGAAUUUUAAAAGUUCUUAAUAUAUGUGUCUUUAAUUUUGACAAAAUGAGUGUUAAACUAUCAACAAUAAAGCAUAGAUGAUUUACCUUAAGUAGACAAAGCUUAGUACAGUAUUGUAUUUUAUAGCAGCCAUUACCUUAGUUGUCCACAUAUGAUGAUCAUAUACUUAGGGAAAUAUAUGAAGGAAAAGGCUCAAUAUAGUAUUAAAAAAUCUUUAUACUCUAAAAUAAAUAGAAUUGACAAGAUGUUUGAUCAAUACCAAAGAUAUAUUUUAUCAAACUUGUUGUUUGGGAAUAUUUAUUAUUUUAUUAAAGAAUCUUAAAUAUUUACUAUAUUUUAGGACGCGAUAAACAAGAACCUAAAAAUCAAUAGGAAUAAAUGUUCUUCACAAUAAGACUUUAUUUCUACUGAUUUUUAGGUUCCUGUUCAUGUUAACACCAACCAGGUCUUACAACAGUUGCUUGACAAAGAGGAAUUCCUGUGAUUUAGUAACACAGAGUGAAAGAAUAAAAUUUAAUGAUAGAUUAC